ACAUGGAACCGAUUUCUACUGUUAAGUCAUUUCGUCUGUCCAAUUUCAACUCAUUAGGAAGUUCAGCAGCCAUAAGGUUUCUGGGAUAGUUUCUCGUGAGAGCAAGUUUUGGCGGGAAGAUGGACCUGCUUUCGGCAGCUCUGGAUGAGUCCGGAUUGAAUGAGGACUUUUUGCUCAGCACAGCCGAUGACGAACUGGCAGAGCAGCCAUCUCAUUCCACUGUUGUCCACCAGCCAAAGAUAGUUCAGGUGAAGAUGCAGAGCGGGUCGGCGGUUGCCGCGGCAACGCAGGGCCGCGUCAUACAGAUCAGCCGCUCGUCGUCGUCGAGUGUGCUCAGCAGCCUCGGCAACAACGCGUCGCUGCGGCCGACGACGCUGCCGCAGGCCGUCCGCGUCAUCUCCAUACCGAAGGUGAGCUCGGCGAGCGCCAUACAGUCGCUCGUCAAGAACUCGGGGAUCCAGAGCGGCGGCGCGGCAAACGGCGGCGCGCGGACGGUGUCGGUGCCGCUGACGAUCGACGGGGCGCAGCGGCGCGUGCUCAUCCACCAGUCGCUGCCCGCUGCCGCGCGCGGACAGCAGGUGACCGUCGUCGGACAGGCUGGCGGCGGCGCGGCCGUGCAGCGCUACACGGCGGCCGGGGGCGCCACCGGGCUGCAGCGCGUCUUGACAGCAGGCGGGGGCGCCACCGGGCUGCAGCGCGUCAUGACGACGGGCGCGGGCAUGCAGCGGAUCGUCAUGGCGGCCGGCGCGGGAGGGGGCGCCACCGGGCUGCAGCGCGUCGUCACGAACACCGGCCUGCAGCCGGUCACGAUGCUGCAGGGCAAGGGCGCGGCGCUCGCGUCCGGUGGCGCCCUCCAGCGGGUCGUAACGACGGCGGGACUGAAGCGCGCGGCGUCCGUCCCCGCGGCGAUGCAGCACUACGUGACGAUGCAGCAGCAGCAGCCGCGCAGCCCGGCGCCGGCGCCCGCGACCUCGCAAAGCGGCGCCCUCUACAAGCUAGUGAGCACAGCGAGUGGCGGCGGUGCGGGGAACGUGACGGUGGUGCGGACGAGUGCGCAGGCGACGUCGGUGCUGGCGGGAGCGGCCGGCGUCAGGACAGAGCAGAAUGGAGUCGCGGGGCUGUCUAGCAGCCUGAAGGCAUCGCUGUCCACGAAGGAUCUGUCUCGCCUCAUGAACGGAGAGGAAUUGAAGCCCAGGAGCUCGUCGCCAUCGCAUGCUAUCAAAGAGCAGGAAGAUCCAGUGCUGGAAGAGGAAGAGGAGGAGUUGGGGCAUGCGGAAACGUAUGCAGAGUAUAUGCCGAGCAAACUGAAGCUGGGACAGAAGCAUCCCGACCCGGUGGUGGAGACGAGCUCGCUCGGCAGCAUCCCGCCGCCUGACGUCUGGUACCAGCUGACCAUCCCGGAGCAGACGAUGGACUACGGUCAGCUGUCCGCGCUGCAGCUCGAGUCGAUCGUGUACGCGACACAGAAGCACGAGACAUUCCUGCCCGGCGGUCAGCGCGCCGGCUUCCUCAUAGGUGAUGGAGCGGGUGUGGGCAAGGGCCGAACUCUUGCUGGAAUUAUCUAUGAAAACUACCUAAUGGGAAGGAAGCGAGCAUUGUGGUUGAGCGUUUCGAAUGACCUCAAGUACGACGCGGAGCGUGAUCUCAGUGACAUCGGUGCUAGCAAGAUCAGCGUGCACGCCCUGAACAAGUUCAAGUACGCGAAGAUCUCGAGUCGCACGAACGGCAGCGUGAAGAAGGGCAUCGUCUUCGCGACCUACUCGUCACUCAUCGGCGAGAGCCAGGGCGGCGGCAAGUACCGCACGCGCUUCAAGCAGCUGCUGCACUGGUGCGGAGACGACUUUGACGGCGUCAUCGUGUUUGACGAGUGUCACAAGGCGAAGAACCUGUGUCCCGUCGGCUCGUCGAAGCCAACCAAGACCGGUCUGACGGUGCUCGAUCUACAGAACAGACUGCCGAAAGCACGCAUCGUCUACGCUAGCGCCACUGGAGCGUCGGAGCCGAAGAACAUGGCCUACAUGACGCGGCUCGGGCUGUGGGGCGAGGGAACUGCCUUCAAGGAGUUCAGCGACUUCAUUCAGGCCGUCGAGAAAAGGGGUGUCGGCGCCAUGGAGAUCGUUGCCAUGGAUAUGAAGCUGCGCGGCAUGUACAUCGCACGGCAGCUGAGCUUCGUCGGGGUCACGUUCAAGGUCGAGGAGAUCCCGCUGACGAGGGAGCUAGUGGAGAUGUACGACGCGUCCGUGAAAAUGUGGGUCAAGGCGCGCUCGUACUUCCAGCAGGCGGCCGAGUACAUGGACGCCGACCCGCGGCUACGCAAGACGAUGUGGGGUCAGUUCUGGUCGGCGCACCAGCGCUUCUUCAAGUAUCUGUGCAUCGCCGCCAAGGUUAAGCAUGCCGUGCGGCUGUCGCGCGACGCCGUGAAGAACGGAAAGUGCGUCGUCAUAGGGUUGCAGUCUACGGGCGAGGCACGCACGCUGGAGCAGCUAGACGACAUGGGAGGAGAGCUCAGCGACUUUGUCUCCACUGCCAAGGGCGUGUUCCCAAGCCUCCUACCUUCCCCGCUGAACCCCCGUUGUUCUUGCAGGAAGAGACACGCACCGGGGAGGGACCGGCGCGGCGGUGAGAAGCGCUACAAGGAAAGUCGCGCUCCGACGACGACUCCGACGACGGUGGUGGCGGUCAGUCACGGUUGCCCGGUCAGCGCUGCGUCAGCGGCUCGAGCACGGAGAGCUCGGACGAUGACGACGACGAGGGGUCGGAGGGCGAGUCGGACUUCAAACCCGUUUGGUAACGGGCUGGACAGCGAGGAGGAGGAUGACCCGUGGCUAAACCGAAAGAAGUCGCGGCAAAAGCUCAAGGCCAAGCGCAGCAAGGACAAGGAGAAGGAGAAGAAGAAGAAGAAGGAGAAGAAGGAGAAGGAGAAGGAGAAGGAGAGGGAGGAGGAGGAGCGGAAGCGUCCGUCGCCGGAGCGGACGGAGGAAAGCAUGAACGGCAUCGACAGUCUGAACAGUGAUAGUAACUCAGGCUUCGGCGCGACUACCGAUCGCUUCGACUCCGCGGGCGGAGGGCCGCCGCCGCCGCCGUCGUCGUCGAUGGGUCUGUGCGCGCUCGCACCGAUGGCGGCUCGCGAGCGCGUCAUGGACAUGAGGCAGGAGCUGCUGGACACGCUGGAGGUGGUCGGCAAACAGCUGCCCCCGAACACACUAGACGAGCUCAUCGACCUACUGGGAGGACCAGAUAAUGUAGCAGAGAUGACUGGUCGCAAGGGUCGGAUCGUGAGUCUGGACGACGGAACGGUACAGUACGAGUCUCGCUCUGAGAUCGACGUUCCGCUAGAGACACUCAACCUGACGGAGAAGCAGCGCUUCAUGGAUGGAGAGAAGAACAUCGCCAUCAUCUCGGAGGCUGCGAGUUCGGGAAUCUCUCUGCAGUCGGACCGGCGUGCGUUGAACCAGCGGCGGCGCGUACACGUCACUCUGGAGCUACCGUGGAGCGCUGACCGAGCCAUACAGCAGUUCGGCAGAACACACCGGUCUAACCAGGUUAAUGCGCCGGAGUACAUGUUCCUGAUCUCAGAGCUGGCAGGAGAGAGGAGGUUCGCGUCCAUCGUGGCGAAGAGGUUGGAGAGUCUGGGAGCGCUGACUCACGGUGACCGGCGAGCGACAGAAACGCGCGAUCUCAGCCGCUUCAACUUCGACAACAAGUUCGGCCGCAUGGCGCUGGAGAACUACGACGUCGGCAUCAUGGAUCUUGGCGCGGGCAGCGACCACGUGAAACACUUGCAGGUGCGCACGUUCAUGGGCAAGUUCUCAACGGGGUCGGCCCCGACCGAAUUACACACGAUAAACAAGGUAAUACAGGCUGAUACAGAAACCCUGUACCUGACUCUCUGUGUUGGCUUCGCGGAUGCAGGGAAGCAGCUUCGGCCGGAGCCUCUGAGCGAGGUGAAGCGACGCUACAAGAAGGUGUUUCCCGACGAGGCACAGGAGUGCUGGCAGGAGCAGUACGUCGCCUCAGCCGACAGCUGCAGCCACGCCUACUGGCGGGGUAGCUGUCGGCGCGGCGCGCUGGGCUCGCAGUGCGAGGUGGGACUGCGCAGGCGCACCUACUACAUACUCAGCGGCUCCGUGCUCGGCGUCUGGGCGAGGGUGGAGAACGUGCUGUCGCAGACGGUCGCCGGUAGCAACGCGAAGAUGCAGAUCAUCCGCGUGCGCACGGAGGAUGGCCGCAAGAUCGCAGGCAUGCUCAUCCACAGCGCGUCUGUGAAACCGCUCAUCAACGUACUCACCCAGGACUCGUCUCACACGUUCACCGACAAGUUCUGACGAAGGCUUGCACGCGAUGAAGACGACACGUCGAACCGAUCGCCCGCCCCGUGGACAUGUGGCGUUGGAGUCGGUGCGUGAUGGCAGCUGAGAGGAGUGAGAUGUACGCUAGAGCGUCGCUCGCUGUGUUCGCUGUGAUAGGGAAGACGAGCUCGGCUCUGUGAAACCGAGCAAUAACGACUCUCAGUAUGCGUGCGUGCAUGCGUGCGUGCAUGUGUGUAUAGCGUGUGUGCGUGCAUGCUUCUGCGCGUGCGUGUGUAACGUGCAUGCAUGUGCGUGCACAUGUAACGUGCGCCGGUGUAGGAGUCCGUUAUUCCCUUGUUAUUGUUAAUAAUAAUAAUUCCUAACCUGUCUGUGAUGCUUAAGACUUUUGAUAUGUCGCAGCUGUCGCCAGUUGUAACUGCUGCACUUGUGUUGCGUUUCACUUGGAAGUGAACAGUGUGGCUAUUUGAGGUGGGUGAUGGUUGCAUCUGGAGGAGGCAAUCAGCAAGGGCUUGCAGCGAUAGCAGAGAUAUAGCAAACAUUGUACGAUACGUUUUGGAAGGGACAAAGAAAAUAUAGUUGUAUAUAUUUUGUAAAAUUGACCAUAUGCACGUAUAACCAGAUAACUGUGAAUGUUUUGUGUAGAUGUCGUCACAAAGCGCCAAGAUUGGAGUCUGGUCAGUUUAGAUGAUCGUGUGAGGGGUGGGGGCAGGUCGGGUAGGCGGGUCAGUGAGGGUUGGGGGUCGGGCAGCAGCUGAGGGAUGAUGGAAUUGGAUAUAGUGACAGCUCACUUGCACCGAAUUGCUGUGGUUACGUGAUAAUGUGAGCUUAACGUACAUUCAUUGUUGUCUCGCGCGGAAGCACACGCUACCUGUCAUGUUUGUCCUCUUAACGUUAUCUUGAGUAAGGGACAAGACGGCUCUGCCACUCCUUAGUGUCAAAAUAAAAUCCCGAGCCCAAAGUCCAAAUAAUAACUUUCAAAACUUCUUUUUUGUAAUUAAACGUGUUGCCAAUGUCUUUGGAGUAUCCAUUUAGAGUUGCACGAUAACUACUAAAAUGGGUAAGCGCUACCGUGGUAACGAAUCUAACGAUAUCGGUUUACACUCCCUCUUUAUCGGGGGUUUAUCUUCUAGAGUAGAGCUGAGUAAGCCGGUGGCAGAGACCGGUGGGACGCGAGUGAACCGAGAUAUUAUUUUCUGUAUUGCGUCGGAUCUCCUGCGUCGCGCCGAGCUGCGGGUGUCGUGUAGUCAACAGUGCCUCAGACGUGUUACAAAUAGACUAUGAUCAGCGCCAUCUAUUCUACGCUGCGCGGCGACAGCUAUCUGUCUUGCUUGCACGCGGGGCGGCAGUCGCCCGUGACGCGAUAACUUGACGUCAUCGUAACGCGCUUGCUUGUCGCAUUUGUUGCCAAGCGACCGGAGUCGAAGUAGCGUGUCACGUCUGCUUCAUUACGUGACGUCGUCUGCUCCCGCGUGGCAUUGGCUGCGUUAUCGCGUGACGUCAUCCGCUAUUAACUGGUGUGGUCUGCCUCAAAGUGGUGUUGUACAAUAUCGUGUGGCAUCAUUUUCUAUUGUAUGGUGUCAUUUGCUAUCGCGUGGCAUCGUGUGGCAUCGUAUGCUAUCGUGUGGCAUCGUGUGCUAUUGCGUGGUGAUAUCUGCCUCAUGGCAUGAUGGCGUCUGCCUCGUUGCAUGGCGUUUACGGUUUUUUACGUGAUAUCGUCUGCUUGCAGCUGAGUCUAUCAUUCCCGCGGCUUUUCACGCGCGCGUCAAAGGGUUGCAAUAUCGACGAGGACCUUGUGUAUUUAUUGUAAAACUGGCACAGCGUGCGUAAUAAAUGCCAAAUAGUGAUACACUUGUAAA